AUGAAUAAUAAACACCUCAAUUAUAUCCCUGAUCUGGUGGCAGACUUUAAUAGGAAUCCUAUGGUUAACUCGUACCAAGGUGAGCCUUCCAAUCCUUCGUCACAACAACAAAAACGGCAAAACAGCUUGUCAAAUUACAUGACCAAUAACUCGAAUAAACGAACCCCAAACCCUCUACAGAUGCCCAUAUCUAUGCAAAAUACACAAGAUUUCAACUUCCCAAAUAACAAUACAAUAUCAGCUAAUGUUAAUGCGGCCGGUGUUUCAUCGCAGAGACUUAGUAAUAAUCCAAUGAUUCGUAAUAAUGUUAGAAGAAGUAUGAUGCAGAAUCAAAAAAGUCAGCAUAAUGGAAACCCAGUGGUUACAGGAACCAUGAAAACACCUACUCCUUCGGCGUAUGAUGUUCCGUCAAGUCCGAAUAUUAAUCCUAUGUCAAGCCUUUCUGCUAACAAUAAUUCUGAUCUGUCUGAUUCAAAUGCACUAGAUCAGAAUCAACCUAAUAGGCCACAAGGCAGGACUCUUCAAGCACAUGCAGAUAAUAUGCAAUCUUCAGAAUUCUCAUCUGGGACUAAGGAAAUUACUCUGCUGAUGAACCCUAUAAUGCAAGGGCAGCCUUUACAGCAAGAAAAUGUCCAUGAGGUUUCUCCUCCAGAUCAGCAACAAAACCAACAGCAGCAUUACCAACGAACUAUGUCAGAUGAAGAGCAGCAAUUGGCGUCAAAACUCAAAGACACAUACAAAAAUAUCGUAAAUUUCGAAGAAGUAGUCCAAAAGAAUUGCAUAGAGAUAUCUAUUAAAAUAAAUACUACGGCAAGCACUAGUAUACAAAGCUACCGUGAUUCACCUAUGGUUAAUCCACAAUUGUCAUCAUCAGCGAAUUCAUCAUCGUCUGUGUCAUCUUCUUCAAAAGCUUCAGAAUUACUGAAUGAUCUUUGGACUGUCUAUCAUCAUAAUAUAACAUUAUUGGAUAAUUAUUACGAUUUUUUGGUCACUGCAUUAAAGCCAACGUCAAAUCAAACUCAAUUCAAGACUGGUAAGAACAUAGUUGAUUUAUAUAAGAUCCCAAGACGGAUGUGGGUCUACGGUAUAGUUGGAUUUUUAGAGGUAUUAAAGAAUAUCAUGAGUAUAUUCCAGGAUCACGAGAUUUGUCUGUGCUUUAUAGCAUACUGCUUCAAUAUUAUUUCAAACUUAACUGAUCCUGUACUAGAAAUGGAAGGAUGGUGGUCCGAAAAAUUGGGGGAUUUAUCACGAAUGGCAAUUGCUUUGUAUUCCUCUAGAUUCAUUGAUUGGAAGAUCAGUGCCGAAUAUUGGUAUUCUGUUGCGAUGAAGACAUUGUAUGGACAUGGAAAAAUUUAUUAUCAUAUGUGUACAGUCCAGCAAGAUAACUUAGAUGCUUUGGUAAACAUUGGUAAGUCGGUAGUAUGUCGCGAUCCAUUCGUCCCAACUCAACAAUAUUUAAGAUUAGUAGUCGAGAAUAUUUGUACCCAAAGAAAUAUUCUAUCAUUAUUGGAAUUACCUACAAUUGACUUUAUUAAAAUUCACAAAGUCUUAUUAAGCAUUCAUACAAACCACAGUAAUUCGGAGAAUAUAUCGGGUAAUGCGGAUAAUAUUCAUGAUACACAACUACAGUAUGGUAUCGACUUAGUAACCCGUUAUGGUUUAACAUUUGGAUCUGACUCUAAUGGAUACAAUUUCUUCACUGGAGAAAUAUACACCCCACAUGGGACUACUUCAAUGAAUGAUACUCAUCAUCCCUACUAUUUGCAACAACAACAGCAAUCUGGAGCUACAAAUUCGGUUGAAAAAAUGAACUUUUGGUUUAAUAAGGGUUCCUUAUUUGCCAUAGCGAAUAUUAAUCAUUUAAUAGGAUUUGGUGAUGCUAAAAAUCCAUUUGCUAAAAUUUUUCAGUUACCUGAAGUUUUGAAAGAAAGAAAAGAUAAAAAAGAUCGAAAAAGAAAAUCAAGGGGUUCCCAAUCCCAUAUCGAUGAGUCAAUUAAUGCUGCUACCAUUUCAAGUGGUGUAGAUGGUCAAGCAAUCACUGCAUCUGAUCUAUCCGCCGAUAAUUGGUUCUACUGUUUAAAGUUUAUUAACAAGUCUGUACUUGAAUUGUCUGUCCGCAUAUUGAACCAUUACUUAAUAGGACCGAAACAAGCAUCGACAUGUCAUGUUGUAGUAUGGUUAUACUUUCUAAUUUCUGUUGGUGAAGCAACGAAUAAGUUUCCGAAUUCGAAACCUAUGUUUAUGUGGAUAUUUCGUAAAUUGUUUCCUUGGGAAUCAAUUAUCAAUUAUCUUAAUUCAUUACUUUCUGUAACAAAGAAUAACGCAAAAUUGAAUGAGAUGUGCCGUUUUUAUAUCCUAAAUCAUCCAAAUUAUGUCGAUCAUUUUAAUAAUAAUGAAUUUUUACCAGAAGUAUGGAAAUGUUGGGGUACAGUGUGGUUUGAUUUUAUAUCGACUAAAAAUGAUUAUAGUGACAUAAGCCUGGCAGGAGUUCAGAAUUAUAAUUUGUUUGAUUUACCAAUUUGCGGAACUUCGCCAGUUGUCGACCUGAUUAAUAAUUACGAGCAGAAAAUAAGAGUGCAACUGGAAUUUGAUAAUGACGAGCGAAUUGUCCGUAUCCUUCUACUUGCACGGUUCAUUGCAGAGAACUAUGAAUUCGGACUCGUAAGGUCAAACGAAGGCUUCAAGUUUGAUGAGGAAAUUUAUUUGAACUCUGAUGUCUUUGAUCCAUCUACAAGAGAAUCGGGUGCAUAUGCUUAUAUUGAGGAAUUUCUAUUAAGUGACAAGCGCUUUGUGCAGAACAAUUUCUUACAACAAAUCACGCCUGAAAACUUAGUGAAUCGUUCAGCACUUGAAAAUAUAAGUGUAUUAGAAAGAGACGAUGUAUGGUUUGAUCUUUCCAGACUGAACUCCCCGGGUGAUACAAGUGGCCAGCAUUUUAAUUAUAAAGAGAUCGACGAUGAAAACGACUUGGAGAAUUAUGGAAAUUCCAAAUUUUAUGAUCCUCAACUAGAAUAUGAUUCCAGUUCAAAUAUGUUUCAGCAACUGAAUGACCAGGCAUUCCAGCAUGCAAACCAAAUGAAUGUCGGCGAUGAUCUUUAUAAUGAGAUUUUCAUGAACAAUUCUGAAAGUUUACCGUCCAGAAGUCACAGAUCAUCGGUCGAAGGUGACCUUGGAGAUGGUAUCGAUAGCAAACUUACAUACAUUACAUUAGACACAAACAUUUGGUUAAAGCAUUGUGGAAGAGUAUUUAAAUGUGUUCGGAAUAGUGUUUUAAAACUUCUGAUUCCGUUAAUCGUAUUUCAGGAAUUGAGAUCUCUAAGGAAAUCAGCAGAAGCCACGAUUGCGGAUGCAGCUACCAGGUCUGUCAUUAUCAUCAGAGAAUUAUAUUUUACGGGAGAGAUUUUACCAUUAAGGUUCGAUGGGUCUGUUGCCUCAGAUAUUAACGAAACUACAGAAUUUGAGAAUAAUUCUAACUGGAGAACAAAUGUUGAAGAAACCAUAUUGAUUUCAGUCAAUAAACAUGAUGAAAUGAGCAAAAAACUAAUGAAAGGACUCAAUCUGACUGUAAACGGUCCAUCCAAUGAAGCAGUUGUUUUGGAUUCAGCUGCAUCUAAGUCAUUUAAUUAUUGUAUUCUAAUCACUGAUGACAGAAAUAUGAGAUUAAGAGCUAAAGCUAUAGGAUUAACAAGUUUUCAAAGCAAAUGGCUUUUCUGUCAAUUAGAAGAUAUUUUUCCCCAUAAAUGCAUUGAUUGA